GCUGGAGGUAUCGUUUCCAUUGCGGUGAUGUCAGAGCAGCUGACUCCACAGCUUGCAGUGUAAUUAGCAAACAGAGCAGCAGUUUACUCACUCCUUUUUCUUCCUUUUACACUCUUUGCCCGGUGGACGACUGCUAUCAUUUCCAGUCCCGUUUGCUUGUUCUGUAAACACGUCCCUGAGUUUGUGUGCGUGUCUUUACGCGCAAAACAAAUCUUUCGGGAAACUCAAGAAGGGAAUUUGAAACUGGAUUACAUUGGAUCAUUUAGGAGAAUGGGUUAUGAGGGAAGAAUGGAGUUCCCAGACCAUAGCCGCCAGUUGCUGCAGUGUUUGAGUCAGCAGCGUCACCAAGGUUUCCUGUGUGACUGCACCGUUCUGGUCGGGGAGGCUCGCUUCAAAGCUCACAGAGCCGUGUUGGCUUCCUGCAGUAUGUACUUCCAUCUCUUCUACAGGGACCAGCUAGACAAAAGGGACGUUGUGCAUCUCAACAGUGACAUUGUGACAGCGCCGGCCUUCAGUCUGCUCCUUGAAUUUAUGUAUGAGGGCAAGUUGGAAUUCAGCACUCUUCCAGUGGAGGAUGUGCUGGCCGCAGCCAGCUACCUCCACAUGUACGACAUUGUCAAAGUGUGUAAAGGGAAGUUGAAAGAUAAGGAGCUCUCUUCGCUCGAUGAAAAGAUGGGAGAGGUUUUCGGACUCAGCUGUCUGGAGCGGGACAACUCCUCGGACGGUGAGCUACACACUGACAAGCAGCUCAGGAGGCAACAAUCCCGGGGUGUCCCAGGGGCCCCCUCCCCGACAGAACGGUUUGACACGGACAACGGCGAAGCGAGGCUCUCUGUCAGCGACUGUGAAAGGUCUGCGAGGAACAGGCAGAAGGCAAACGGUCACUCCGGCAGGUCCCCGGACCUUGUAGGUGUCAAUUAUGUGUCAUCGGAGGCCGAGCCUUGUGUCCAAACAGCUGGAAAAACAAAAGCUGAUGUCAGUAGUUCCACCGUAUCACUGUCCCAGAGGUCCCGGGCUUCGGAUGACAUGGACUGCGCUCUGGAUUUGUCUUUCAAGCCUCUGUCUAGCAGAGAUCCCUUACAGGCCUCCUACAUCUCGGGACAGCUGGCCCUCGACAGCCAGCAGCAGGGCACUGAGCCACUUGUUAAAGAUGAACACGACUUGCUGUCAGAGCAGGAGGACAGUGAGCCCGUGAGCCCUGAGAGCCAGCGCUUUGGGAAUAGCGCCAGGAGCUCAGUGGUGACAGGGUUCGCUGCCCUCUUCCCAGGCAACAACGGCUCCGCCGCCGCCCUCCUCUCCCAGGAGGAAGACCUGAUGGACGAGGAGGGGGAGGCCUGCGGGGGGAGGGAAGUCGCCCCUGGCAGGGAGGCAGAGGAGCAGAGAAGGGGGAGACUGCUGGGGGACAGCGAGGAGGAGGAGGAAGACGAUUUGGCCUCUUCGGACAUCUCCACCUCCAGCGGGGUGCUCCUGCCCGCGGGGCAACAGGCGUGCGUGUGCCCCCUGUGCAGCAAAAUCUUCCCCAGCCCGCACGUCCUGCAGCUGCAUCUCAGCUCGCACUUCCGCGAAAAGGACGGCGCCCGCUCCAAGUUGUCUCCCGACGGCUCGGUGCCCACCUGCAUGCAAUGCAACAAAACCUUCUCCUGUAUGUACACCCUCAAGCGACACGAGCGCACACACUCCGGAGAGAAGCCGUACACGUGCGGCCAGUGCGGAAAGAGCUUCCAGUACUCGCACAACUUGAGUCGGCAUGCUGUGGUGCACACGCGGGAGAAGCCCCACGCGUGCAAGUGGUGCGAGCGCCGCUUCACUCAAUCGGGGGAUCUGUAUCGCCACAUCAGGAAGUUUCACUGUGGCCUUGUUAAAACUCUCGCCAUUGGAUGAAGUGCUCUACAUGUGCCAUCACGACACCCGUGUCUUUUCACACAUUAGUAUUCACACAGUGGCAAUUUGGAUUUUACCCCGUAUGGCAUUUCUCUUGAUGUAGCAACUUUUCAGAAAAACUGGGCCAAGCUGGCAUCAAUACGGAAGUUGAACAAAGUAGAUGCACUUGUUUAUUUGUCUUGUUUGUCCCUGUGUGUUGACUUUUGCGAGGAGCUGAAAGGCAUCCGGGGGGGCAUAAUACAGGAUGCUAACAUUUGUUUAUACAAUCGACUAUGUGUGCACACGGGAGAUCAGAACCGUCCGUUUUCCUACUUUAAUAUUAUUAUUAAUAUUAUUUAUUUGGGUAUUUGUAACAAAUAUUUUGAGGCAGCAAAACUAAUGAAGUUAGACUACUGGAAUAAUUUUUUUCACAGAAGUUUUAAGGUCAACUUUGAAGAAACCAUUAUGUAGAUUGUUGUAUUUUGCCUUAGAAUCACCUGUCCUUUUUUUCAUCAUGAAUGUGAAUUAUGUGAAGAAACAGUGUAAUUGUUACUUCAAAAUGUAUAUUUAGAGGAGGAACACAGAGCUACAGUUCAUGCCUAUAACACUAGUGCCUCUUUACACUUCAUUUUUGUGUACUUCUUGAAGAGUGAUCUAUCACCAUGCCUUUGGUCAAAUCCACUCACACAUACCAGAGGAUAACAAAGGUAAUAGGCAGCGCUGGAAUGCUAAUUGAUCCACGAGUGCCCUUAUAAGUAUGUGACCCAACUAUGUAAAUGAAGCUCUUAUCAUGAAGUUAUUGACUGUAGAAGAAGACCAACAGUAGACGAGCGUGUUAUUUCCUGGUAUUGAUGAAGUAUAAAGAAACCAGUACUCGGACACUGUUAGGUUAAAAUGAGGAAGUCUGUGGACGGAACGAGACAGAUUGAUAAUCACAGCCGUGCCACUUUGCUAAAGCUACUGAAUUUCUUUUUAAAUUAACACUCUCAUGCUCAUCAUAGCUUCUUACUGUAUGUGUUACUACUGAUGAUGUACCUUCUGGGCAUGAAGGAAGAGGUAAACUCAUUGCUAAAUAUCUCCUUUUUUUGUCUAAUCUCCUGAGAAGACUUGAUCUGAAUUUAUUUAUUAGUUUGGUUCAGGGUUUACUGUAGGUGUAUUUUGAUUAGCUUGAACGUUGGUACUCAUUAACUGGUAUUGGGGCUACCUUUUUCCUCUUUGUGCAAAUCAAGUUACUGUAAUUGUUUUAAUAGAGAAUUGUCAGUCACACAGAAACUAGAGAAGCACUUGUUUUUAGCAUGCACAGUUUCAACACUAUUUCUUAGGCUGCUAUUGCAAUUUCUAUAUUUAAUGUAAAUAUAUAUUCUAUUUAUGUGUGUUUUUAUAACACCCUUGGGGUGGAGGGAGUCAGGUGUCUUAUUAAGGCUGCAGUGUCUUCCGGCAGGGGCGGGGGUCUCGAGAGUGGAGCAGACUGCAAAUCAGAAUAAGAGGAGUUUCAUUCGCCUCUGCUGUUCUACCACAGGAAAUAGUUUUGCUACAAGCACAACCAUAGCGAGUCGACAUUGCCCACCUAUAGAAAUGGGACAAUACGAGCAUUGUCUCAACCCCCUCUUUCCACACACAAGUCCCAGGUAGUUCUCAAGGGAUCAUUGUGUAUCUCCCUUCAAGCUGCUGGGGGGGAAAGCAAGUGCACGUUUCUCUUGGCGCGUUGCUGUAUUGAAUGGAGGCAUUGGAAUGUGAGAAAUGUAUUUAGGUGAAGGAAACCAAGGAGACUGUAAACAGGUGUAUUGUUUUGAGGCAUCAAAGUCCUGUCCUCCACCCUACUCCCACCACUCAGCAUGCAGUUAGAUAAAUGCUUUAUUGUUCUAUUGAGAGGAGAAACCGUUGCGAUUUGAUUGCACACCUAUAAAGAGAUUAUCUGAAUUAUCAUUGCAGCCCCAUUAAACAUCUAGUUCUCAAUCGGCUGAACCUAGGGACCCACUUAUGGCAUCUUUUCUAACAUUAAGCAUAGACUUCGUAAUAUAUUGACGGGGCGCGGUGCCGAUUCAUUGGGGGCCUGCAUUGUUGGCGUGGCUGUCAAAGCCGACCGAGAGGAAUCACAGACAAAGAGCUUUCCUUUUCCAUUGAAAAUUCUUGUGAAUAAAUGUUUAAAUCCCUGCAUUCUUUAUUGAUAAGGACGUAAAACAGUUUCGAUUCUUGGUUAAAAGCAAAAAAAGCAUGCAGUUAGCAUAUUUUACUUAAAUAUUGCGAACUGUGAUGCCAGUCAGUAAGCAAAUGUAGCGGCCGCCUUAUGAAAACAGAUCUUUUUCUUUUAAAAAAUUCUUGUAAAUAAAUGCUUAAAACCCUGAAUUCUAUAUAGAUAUGGACAUAAAACAGUCUCAAUUCAUGGUUAAAAGCACAAAAAACGUGCAGUUAGCAUUUAUUUUACGUAAAUAUUGCGAACUGUGAUGCUAGUCAGUAAACAAAUUUAGCGACCGCCUGAUGAAAACAAAGCUUUAUCCGUUGAAAAUUAUUGUGAAUAAAUGCUUAAAUCCCGGAAUUCGUCAUAGAUAUGGAUGUAAAAUAGUCUCGAGUCUUAGUUAAAAGUACAAAAACCAUGCAGUUACCAUUUAUUUUACGUAAAUAUUGUGAACAAUGACGCCAAUGCCAUAGCGGCUAAUUCCUACCAUUGAUUUUUUUCACGUUUCAAAAUGCAUGCAUGGUACGAAAAAUAUAAUAAUUUAAUCAUUAAUUUUAUUUUUUUUAUUUUAAUCAUUACCUUGAAUCCUCAAACAAAUCACUCCUUAGACAAUCCUUCCUGUUUGUAUGCGGUACAGCUUUUGUACUUUUUCAACCUAAAUCUGGCGUUGCGUUGGUUUUAAGAAUUACUGCGACCGAGUGUGAAGCAUUACUCAGCCUUAACUGAAACUGAGUGUGGGCAGGCCCCCUACUGUAGGCGUGGCGCAGGGUCUGGCGGAAGUGUCACGUCAAUAUAUUAUGAAGUCUAUGCAUUAAGUAUAUCAAAGAAAAAAAAAAAAAGUUUAUUCCACUGCCUACCCCUAACCCCACCCCUCUUCUCCGAUUGAGUACUAAUCUAAAAGACGUGGCAAAUCUGAAGGGGAAUUUUACUGUCUUCUUACGGGACUUCUUUUUCCAUUUAUUUAGCUAAUUGCAAUGGUUUGAAAGAUGCAUUUUUAAAAAAGACCUGUCUUACACUCCAACAGUUUAACCACUUUAGUGAGCAUACCUAUUCCAUUUACAGAACGUGGUUUUUAAUGCUGUUUAUAAUGUAUACAGACAGGAUCAUACAGCGAGCGUUGUCAUAUGUUUCUUGAUUCUCGAAUGUACAUGUGUACAUAGGCAUAUAAAAAAACUAACACAAUGUAAAGAUUUGUAUUUCUUUUUUAGCGGUUAUUUAAAGCUCCAGGAUCUUCACCGAGCGUGCCUUGCUGACACACAAAUAGGUGUUGCAUCUGGAGGAGCCUCUGUUUGUACUAUGUGCAUUCGCUCGUGUUCACACAUCAACUCUCCAUAGAAACAAAACAUAACAUCUUUCAUAAGAAAAAUUAAUUUACUUGCUGCUUUGCGCAAGGUUCAAGGGGGUGUCAUUUCAUUGAGAGAAUAAAUGUUUGGAGGUGUUAAACUGAGGACAAGCAUUUGUGUGAGUGUGUGUUUUGGGUAUCAGUAGUUCCUUGGGUCACGUCACUAAUGAAUGUAAACUGCAGAGAUUCUCAUUGUUGUCUUUUCAUGGAAACAAAAGACUGCCUAACUCAUGCUGUAUCAUUUUGAAGUCGGAAAAUGACCAUUAUCCAACACUGGAAUGUUGUCCUUUGUUGCUGGUUCCAACUGUGAAAUUGUGUAAGAUCAUGAGAAAUAUUUAUUAUUGCAUUUGCUUCUUGCAGCCUCUGGCUUUUAACUCAUUGGCUGCCAUUGACAGCGAAAGACGCGUAAUUCAUUUGAAGCGGGAAGGUUCGCACCGUUCAUUCGCUGCCACCCUCUCACUUCAAAUAGAUUGGACAUCUACUAGUGAUAAACUCAUUUAAAUUCAUAGAAGAAUAAAAAGAACCACAUGAUUGGACCUCUAGCAUCCUCAAUGGCAGUGAAAGAGUUCAUUUAGUUGCAACAUCUAAAUGUCAAACCGACACUUUUUCAAUAGGAUCUGUAGAAGUGCCAUUAGAAUUUUAAUGUUUUUUUUUCUUCAGAAGAAUGAUAUAUUUUCCUGUAAUUGCCUCAGUGUUAGAGGUAUAGAGAUUUGAGGACAAUCUUUAAUUAGACACUGAGGCAAAUUACUGUGCAUUUUACUUGUUUGCGCCUUUUAUGUGUAUGUGUGUUUGUUGAGGUUGUGCGUGUGUGUGCUGUGGAAAUGUGACAAUCUACAUUUAGGUCUUUAUAAGAUUAUGCAUAGAAUUAAAUGGAACAACUUUGUG